AUCAGUAAUGGCAGUUAAUAUGAAUCCCCCGCCUAGUUUCCCACCACUUCAGUCUCUUUAUGUUGGUGACCUUCUCCCUGAUGUCAAUGAAGCUGAUCUAUUUGACCAUUUUAGUAAAGCUGGUCCUGUACUCUCUAUUUGUGUUUGUCGGGACCUCAUCACAAAGCGAUCGUUAGGAUAUGCUUAUAUUUACUUCCAGCAGCCAGCAGAUGCUGAGAGAGCAUUCGAUACUAUGAACUAUGAGCCAAUCAAGGGACAACCUUGCUAUAUCAUGUGGUCCCAGCGUGAUCCCUCUCUUCGUCGCUCCAGAGCCGGACACAUUUUCAUUAAGAAUUUGGAGAGGUCUAUUGACCACAAAGCUCUGUAUGACACAUUUAGUGCUUUUGGGAACAUUUUAUCAUGCAAGGUGGCAACUGAUCUUAACGGGCAGUCCAAAGGCAUUGGUUUUGUUCAUUUUGAUGAGCAGGAGGCAGCUGACCUUGCCAUUGAGAAAGUCAAUGGACAGUUGCUGAAUAAUAGGAAAGUUCAUGUUGGCAAGUUUAUACCAAGGAAGGACAGGUCUCAUACUGGCUUCAACCAGCACUACACUAAUGUUGUCUUUGUUAAGAAUUUUGGAGAGGAUUUUACUGAUGAAAUGCUGUACAAUUUCUUUGAGAAGUUUGGUAGCAUUGCCGCUGCUGUUGUGAUGAAGGAUAAUGAAGGAGUCUCAAAGGACUUUGGAUUCGUGAGCUUUGAAUCACAUGAGGCAGCUUCAGCUGCUGUACAAGCAGUUCACAGUUCUAUUGUUAAUGGCAGACAGGUUUAUUGUAGUAGAGCUCACUCUAUGCCUUCAUCUCUGAUGGAUGGUACUUGUUGUAAUAAUUGUAGCACAAACAUCAAGUUUAGCUGGCAUUGUACUAAAUGUGAGGAUUAUGAUCUUUGUUCCACCUGUUAUCAUAAGGUUGGUCAUGAGCACCCAAUGGAGAAAGUAUUUCCUGUCUCAAAUGGAGUUGUGGAUAAGUGGCUAAAAGAAGGUAGUGUCGAGUUAACUGUUACUCGUGUUAACAUGCAUGGACCUCCUGGAGCUGGCAAGACCUGUGCACUGCACCUUCUACUAAAUGAAGACUCACCUACCGAGCAUGUCACUGACAGUACACCAAUCGCUCGUCCAACUGUCAGAGCUACAAGAGUAUCCGUUGCCGAUUUGAAAUGGGAGAAA